UAUGCUGUUGUCUUGUUCAUUAGAUCCACCCCUUAUAUUUCAAGCUACUUUCAUUCGUUUUAAUACGUUGACUUUGGGGCAAACUCACGCAGAGGCACAAUUGUCCCAUCUUUCUACAGAUUCAUAUGUCGACUGUCCAAACAGGAUUACCAAGGAUAGGUAGACCGAGGGGUCGUUAUCAUGCGUUGACAGAACAGAAGAGAAAGGAGAUAAAAGAUGCUUUCGAACAGUUUGAUACUGAUAGAUCUGGAACAAUUGAUGCCAACGAGUUGAAUGAGGCAAUGAGGGUUCUUGGUUUUGAGUCGUCAGAAGAGGAAAUUACUCGAAUUAUAGCUGAAGUCGACAAAGAUGGCAGUGGGACUAUUGACUUUGACGAGUUUUGUUUCAUGAUGACAGCUAAAUUUGGAGAAAGGGACACUAUUGAAGAGCUCAAGAAGGCUUUCCGAACUAUUGACCUUGACAAUAAUGGGAGCAUUUCUCUUGGAGAUAUUAGACGCACGGCAAAUGUUGUGGGUGUAAGGUUCACUGAAAAAGAGCUUCAGGAUAUGAUUAGGGGAGCUGAUCGAGAUAAUGAUGGUGAAGUUAGUUUGGACGAUUUCUUCAAGAUAAUGAGUCGAACCUCAUAUGGAUGCUAAAGCUAUGCAUUAAUCACGUACUCAAUUUCUCAGCUCUGCAGAGUAAUAGUUCAUGUUGUUCCAUACAUUGUACAAUAUGUCUGUGAACGAGGAACAACACAGUUUGUUCUUUGAUUUAAUCACUUCGAGUUUCAAUUUACCAAUUAAAAAAAAAAACCCAUAUUGGUGUGAAUUUGUUUACGUGUAUAUUAUAACAUGCCUACUUGUCGCCGUGCAGUAUGCUCCUCCCGUUUGGGGGCAAACUGUUCGAAUCAUUAAGACUGAAUAUCGUCAUGUUGUUGUAUCUUGAUUAUAUAUUACUCGG